AUGGCCGCGCAAGACAUGAUCUCCGCUGAGAAUCAGCAGCCCACAGCGGAAGUUGUGGUGCAGCUGACCACAAAAUUGAAGGACGAAAGCCUCCACGUGCCCGAAGAGCCCAUCGUUGUCCCCGCGAACCUCGGUCGCUACAAGCUGUCCGAGCUGGUGAACCAGCUACUUGGUCGCGACAAGCCGGUUCCCUUCGAUUUUCUGGUGACCACGAAGAAAGCAGUGGCCCCGCUGUUGAAGGAGAGCGGUAGCAAUGAACAACAAGCUGCAGAAAUCCAAAGCAAGACCGAUGGUAAGCCAGCGGAGCAGGUCUUUCUGCGCCAAACGCUGCAGCACUUGCAGAUCGAGUAUGGGAUUUCCUCCGAAAAAACGUUGGAAGUCGAGUACGUGCUUGCGCUCCCGCCGAUGCAAACCAACGAGUCUGUAUGCAUUGCAAAACUAUCGUACUAGUAUAAAUUGCAUUACAAAUUUUCCCAAGAACAAAAAUGCAAUUUGUCAUGCUAUUUCAGGUAGAAAGUUGGAGUUGUCAUGCAUAUCUGCAAUUAGUACGAGUGCGAUACUUUUGCACAGGAUAGUCUGAGGCCAGCGACGACUGGAUAAGUUGCGUGCGGUACUGCGAAAAAAACAACCUCUGCGUCGUCUCCAGCUACGACGGAAGUUUGAAGGUAUUUGACCUUCUGGACAACGGAUCUACAUCCGGUGCUGCGGAAAAAGACGGAGAAAACAAACAGGAGCAAUCUUUGCAGCAAGUGUUUUCCGAGAGAAUUUCUGAGGCGGGCAUCACUUCUGUGGAGGUGAUUGAAGAGGAGCAAAACGCGGUGAAAAUCGUGCUCGCAGACAAGGAUGGCGUAGUGUAUUUCGGACGCGUUUGUGUGGAAAAAGAACAGGGCUCAACGAAAACAAGCAAAAACAAGACCUCUAGUACUUCCUCCUCAAAUCCACUUUCUGAAAGAAAAGCAACUUUCGCGUUAAUCUCCCGCUCGGAGGACGUUGUUGAAACCUCCCCCUGCGCCUACGAAAAAGCGGUAGAGUGCAUUGCGGUUUCCGGGAAGAAGCAGCUUGUCGCCACGGGUGGCUGGGAUUGGAGCCAAGGCGUGAAAAUCUGGAACGUGCAGGAAGUUUUCGAGCCAAAAACUAACGCAACAACAUCGGCCUCGCUGAAGCGGAAAAAUGAUAACGGGAACCAGAAUGAGAACAGCGGAACAGCAACAGCCUCUUUUGCGGCCAAACCGGAGUUCACGGUGCAGACGAAAAAUUUGAAGAACCGCGUGACGGGGCUAGUUUUCCUCGACGAGUGCAGCCUGCUGAUUUCCUCCCUCGAUGCCACGGUGUGCGUCGUCGAUCUCGUUGCCAACACGGUCCUCGGCUCCGUGCUCCACACGGGUCUGGCCGUGCUGCAGGUGGAUUACUCGAAAGAGGCCAACAUCCUCGCGUGCGCGCACGAAAGCGGACGGAUCAGUUUCUGGACGAAAAAGGUGAACAAGCAGGGAUCAUGUGGUGCACCAGCUACUGCGAACGACUUCAGCUUUGAAAUGCUGGAGAAUUUCCCGAUGAACACCAAGUACCACAACGGCGCGAUCAGCAGCAUGCGGUUUCACGGACCGCACAAACUGCUGUCGGCCGGUCUCGACGGCGUCAUUCGCGUCAACGAUCCUCGCAGUAAAACCGCCCUGCAAACCAUCAAGGUCGCGGAGGAGGCCGCCGCGCAGGUGAAGAAAGCAGUCAAGCCGUUUCCGUUGAAGAUUACGUCCGUAAGGGCCUGCAGCUCCGCGGUGGGCGACGAUGAAAAGGGGAUCCGACUACUCAGUGGCGCGAGCGACGGGAAAGUCCGCUUGCAUUUCCCCAUGACGGGUAACAGUGCCGCGGACGAGGAGUAGGAGAAGUAGGACAAGUCUUUCCACAACGAACACCGCUUUGCUGUCUGGUCGCCAUCGAAGGUUGACUACUUCGAUGAUGUUUUAGGGAAGUCGUGGUGCAUCGCUCCUCCGAUGAGAGAUGACACAACUCACCACUUUCACAGAUGUAGUUGAAAAACAGGCUCAGCAACUGGAUCAACUGAAAAAUGCGCACAAUUGAAACCAAUGGAGACAAUUUGAAGACAUGCAAUCAAACAUACAUCUAAGCCCCUGUAGCUCCAGCUC